AUGGUUCAAACACCAAGCAAGGCGAAUAUUUCCAACAUUCGUCAAAGAGUUUCAGCAAGCAAAUCCUCAACUUCUACCUACAAGUCAGGUUACAUCCCAGUAACUGACAAUGGUAGCUCAGCUUCACUCCCCUCUGUGGUUGACCCAACAUCCAAAACCUUGGAUAACAACCAAGCUGGUUCUGAAAAGAACCUUGAUGCUAUUCUCAACGCCAUCACUUCUUUGGGUGAGAGAAUAAAGCAUCUCGAAGCUGUUCCUCCUGUUCUGCAACAAGCUAAUCAACUUGAUGAAGACCCUGAUGAGGAAUCCGCUGAUGAGGAUUUCACUGGUAAACAUUGGGGUCUAACUACUAUCAAGGAGAUUAGACGUAACUACGAAGUUGGUGAUAGACUAUCCGAUGGAGAUGUCUUAAGUUUUGUCUCAGCCAAAACACUUCGUCAUUACUCUUCCAAUGAGGCGUUGUUGAAUAGAGUUCAAGUUUUGAUGGCUCGAUUUGAAUCUGUCAUUCACAACUCUCGUAACUAUCCUCGUCUGCAAGAAAUUCAAUCCAAAGGCUUGCAAAAGAUGAUGGAAAUGUUACAUUUGAAGUCUAAAUUACUUCAGUUUGCUCUGAGCCAUCCAUUAAAUGUAACCAACAUCAUUGAAAUCACUGAGUUGGUGUUUCUUCUCUCUGAGGUUGAGAAAAUCUUUUUAGAAGAAGGUUUAUUCGAAAGUAACUUUGAUGUUGCGAACCAAUUUAUUCAACCCUUCAUCCAAAGCAACACGUUUGCUGAUAUAACAGAAAAAGCUCGCCAAAAGAAGAGAGAGAAAUCUGUAGUAAAGCAUGCCAUUACCAGCAAGAUCCAAAAACCUCUAAAGAUGAAAGAAAAGUUUCAAAAACCGUCCUCUCAUCAAGAUGCUUAUAAUAACGCCCUUGUCAGAGUUGCAAGACAAGUUCGAGACUUCCAAUUUCCUGGUUGUUCAAGUGCAUGGCAAGUUGUUCAAGCAAUAAGGGAUCUUAGUAUCCUUUCAUCAAUAGCUGAGAAAACAUUCAGAACUUAUAAUAGAAUUUAUGGUGGUUUUCUCUGGUUUAUCAAUGUGUUUGAUCUCACCAUUGAUGAUCCUAUAGCUAUUGAAUAUUACAUCUCAUACCUCUUGAUAAAUAUUCAAGGAUACAAAGCAAAAACUGUGCAAGCAGCAAUUCAAUUCUUUGCUAACCUUGAUGGCAAACCCAUUACCAUCUCUGCCUCCUACUCUAAGGUUAAAAAAGGUGUACUGAAACUUUAUACACUCUCGGAUAAAGUUUCUCUUCAAAGAGAUCCAAUUACAGUCAAACAUUUGACUGAUUAUGUGAAGUGCAAAGACAAAGUGGACAAUUUCACUUUUCGACUCACUUCUGCUAUUCUAGUGGUUGGUUUCAGACUAUUUGCAAGACCUGGUGAGGUUGCGCGCUUAAAAUGGUCCUAUAUCAAGGUUCUCAAGAAUGGAAAAAUCAAAAUUGACCUCAGUGGUCACAAAACUGAUUUCUUCCUUAUUGAAAAACCAAUUACUAUUGACAAGAAUACAAAGAAUCCAAGUCUUUGCCCAAUAACCCUACUAAAUUCGUAUAUGGAUUUGGUUCGUGAAUUUAAAGAUGACGAUUCUCCUUUGUUUUCCUACGAAAACAACAAAUUCCUUGAUUCAAAUGAUAUUUCUAAGAUACUCAAGAAUGCGGUGGGUAUGGUUGACCAAGAUGUGAGAGUUUCUGGGCACAGCAUUAGAAUUGGAGCCAUCACAGAAGGACUUAGAAAAGGUGUUUCUACUUCAGAUCUCAUGGUUGGUGCAAGACAUAAGAAAACCAACAGUUUAUUUCCUUAUCUACGAUCUGAGGGUCUUGCUGGCAAGAAUUUCACAGACACCUUAUUUUCUCUGGACUAA